UAUCACUGGCAUUUAUUACAAUCAUUCCUCCCUUUUAUGUACUGAGAAUUUACAGAGAAAGAAAGAGAGAAAUAAAUGCCGCUGGUAAGGUUCGAGUUGAGGAACGAGUAUGGACUCGGGCAACCGGACAUUUACAGGCAAAUCGACCGAGAAGAUCCUAAGGCCGUGCUCGAUGCUGCCGCCGUGGCUGGUCUCGUCGGGAUCUUGCGCCAGCUCGGCGAUCUUUCUGAGUUUGCAGCAGAGGUAUUUCAUGGCUUGCAGGAGCAAGUGAUGACUACAGUGUCUAGAAGCCAUAAAGUGAGGGCCCGUGUAGAGCGCAUUGAAGCUGCACUUCCUCCCAUUGAGAAGGCCGUUCUUAGCCAGACAAGCCACAUACAUUUUGCUUAUACUGCCGGUUCUGAAUGGCAUCCUCGUAUUCGAAAUGGAAAAAAUCACUUCAUCUACAAUGACUUGCCACAAUUUAUUAUGGACUCCUAUGAAGAAUGCCGCAAUCCUCCACGUUUGCAUUUGCUUGACAAGUUUGAUACUGGUGGUCCGGGAUCUUGUUUCAAAAGAUAUUCAGAUCCAACUUUCUUUAAGAAAGCAUCAGCUACCUCUGAUGAAGCGACCACUGAAAGAAUCCGAAUCAAUAAGAAUGCUCAUAGAAGCAAGAAGAAAAGGUCAUCACAGUGGAAUCGAAAAGGAUUGCGUGGUGCAUCAAGAUCCAAUUCCCGUAGCAGAUUGCAGUUUACUUCUCUUCCUGUUAAUGGUCAAACUUCUAUGCAAACUGCCUCAGCUGUAGAUGUGGCUUCAAAUUCUGAACUAGGAGACCAUUCAAAUUCUUUUGAUUCAAGAAAUGGUCCGCAGUUUACUUCUCAUAUUGGUGAUGACCAGGCCUCUCCUCAAACAGCAUCUGCAGUUGACAUGACACUGAAACCUGACACUGGAGACCAUUCAAAUUCUUUUGAUUCAAGAAAUGGUCCGCAGUUUACUUCUCAUAUUGUUGAUGACCGGGCCUCUCCUCAAACAGCAUCUGCAGUUGAUAUGACACUGAAACCUGACACUGGAGACCAUUCAAAUUCUUUUGAUUCAAGAACAGGCUUAGGAGAUAUAGAAUGUGUUUUCCAUCUGAGUUCCAUGGAACCUGAACAGCAGGAAUCGCUCUCUUCUAGGUUGAUGCAGCAUAAUGAUACUCUUGAUUCAGUUUUUCCUGAUGAGCAGACCAAGGCUAUCGAUGAUAACUUUCCAGGCAGUUCAUUACUAGAGAAAAUUGCCUCCAGUUCUUCUUGUGUUACCUGGGAUGAAAAGGCAGAGAUAGUGGAGCCCAACGGUCAGCAAAGUGAUAGAGAGGAAGCUCCAGAGAUGCUCUCGACAAAGUCUGAUUUAGAUACACACGGAGAGAGAGCUGUUAACCUUGCAAAUGUUGAUCAAAUAGAUAGUCUGCUUGAUUGUAAAAACAGUCUUGAGUUUAUCUUCAACGGUAAUCAGAUCAACAGCAUUGAAAGUGAGCCAGUUUUUCCUGAUGAGCAAACCAAGGCUAUGGAUGACAACUUUCCGGGCAGUUCAUUACUAGAGAAAAUUGCCUACAGUUCUUAUUGUGUUACCUGGGAUGAAAAGGCCGAGAUAGUGGUGCCUAAUGGUCAGCAAAGUGAUAGAGAGGAAGCUCCAGAGAUGCUCUCGACAAAGUCUGAUUUAGAUACACACGGAGAGAGAGCUGUUAACCUUGCAAAUGUUGAUCAAAUAGAUAGUCUGCUUGAUUGUGAAAACAGUCUUGAGUUGAUCUUCAACGGUAAUCAGAUCAAUGACAUUGAAAGUGAACCAGACAAUUACAUGGAUGCACUCAACGCCAUUGGAUCGGAAUCUGAGAAUGAUCUUGACUAUCAAACAAAAAGAAAAGUGGAGCAGUAUGCCUCCAACACCAAUGAUGAAGGAAUAAAUGAAAUCCAUGAGCUUCCUGAAAAUAGCUCAGACCUUAAUCAUCCAGAGUUGGAAUCUGAUAUUGCAUCCUGCAGUUUCUCAAAUGAAGGAGUGCCAUCAUAUAUACCAAACUCACUUUCCCCAGAGAGAGUUGUACAUGAACAGAUGCCUCAGAUCACUAAGAUGUCUUCUAAUUUAGACUUUUCAGCAGACGAUUUCAGUGGAGGUGCUGAUGCUCAUAAUGGUUCCCAAUUGGAAUCUGUUGUUACUGGUCCAUUAUCCUCUGCCCCCAAAACUUCUGAUUUCGGGGAUGUAUCGAUGGAUAAGAUGUUUAGUAGUUUUUACAAGUCUGAUGAAACUCCUGCUGACUUUUCUGGUGUUCGUUCAAUUUCAUUCUGGACUAAUGGUGGUCUUCUAGGACUUGAGCCAUCAAAACCUCCUGCUUAUGCCAUGUCAAAUGCUGUGGGUCAGGAUUUAGUAAACAGAAGUAAAGAUGAUACAGUUUGCCCUUCAAAACAUGGGUUUAUGCUAAAAGGUGAUGAGCUUGAAGGUAAACUAGAUAUGUUGGACAAGAAAGAUGGAGGCAUUGAAAAGGAUCCAAGUUGUGUUUGCUCUACAUCAUGCCAAGAUGACCAGGAAGAUAGUAUCUCAAAAACGAAGACAUUUGGGAGAUUUUCACUGGCUGAUUCAGAUGCCAAAUGUGAAAAUUUCAGUGUAAUGGCACCUAAAACUGCAGUGCCAGUCUCACCACGUAUCAAAUCCAUAUCUGCCGAAUCCAAUCAAGAGAAUGAUGAAAACUCAUCUCUAGCGUUUGGACUCAGCCAAAGGUUACUAGCAACUGGUUUGUACAAAAAAGUUUCAGAUGUCCAUGAUGACAAUCUUGAACCUGCUAGUUCUAUGAAUGCUAGUGGUUUGGAGCAAUUUAGUGGGCAACAUAGAGUUGUGAAUCAAACAAUUCCUGAGAAAAAACUUGAAGAGCGGCUUGGACAUGGCUCUCCUGUAGAUUCACUUACUUCUUCACCGCCACUAGAACAUAUGAAAAUAUCUUUCCAUCCUCUAAAUGGCUCUGAGACUUCCAAACUGAAACUGAAUUUUCCUGAUGCAAAUCAAUGUUUUGAAGGCAUAAGAGACAUGUUUCCAUCAUUUCAGUUGGUCCCUGAGCAUAGUAUUCCCAUGAAUGACUUUGGUUUUGAGUCUGAUGAUGACACAUUUUGUAGAUCAUCUCCUUAUAUGUCCGAUGAUUGCCACAGCCAUCACUCUGCAUCAAAUUCUGAGCAGUGGGAAUCUGGUGAAACUCCUAAAAGCAAGGAUCCCGAACCCCAUGAUGCCUUAUGUGGAAUCUCGUCAGCGGAAUCUAUAUCAACCUAUCAGGAGCUUGGGAGAAUAAUCAACAAUGGUAUCCACAUUGAUUGUGGAAUUAGAAUUGCAGAUACUGGGAAUGGUGUGGAACCUUCUUUGUCUGGUUCUCUGCUUGAUCUUCCCAAUUUUGAUACCGUGAACCCUGUACUUCAGCAAGUGACAAAUGAAGAUUCUAAUCUCCUCAAGUUGGAAUGUUCUGGACAGCUUAUACCACAACCACCACCUCUCCCUCCAGUACAGUGGAGGGUAUCAAAACCCAAUUUUUAUGUGAUAGAAUACCAACAAGACAAUGUCUCUGACGCCCUAAUGCAUGCAUCUGAUCUGAAACAUUUUGGAUCCGCAAUGUCUCAGCAACCAAAGCCAACCCCAGAGAAGCAACAACGAACUAAUGAGGAGGCUGCUGCAAUAGUACAGAUGGGCAAGCAGCAGGACCAGCAGAAGUUGAAUGAGCAGAAAGAAGCGAAUCGAGCUAUGAAUGGCAAGGAGAUGGAUGAAAGGGAAAAUUUCCUACAACAAAUCAGAUCAAAAUCAUUUAGUCUGAGACGCACAAUGACAACCAAGCCAACUAGUACACCAGGACCUGCUACAGAUUUCAAAGUCACUGCCAUUUUGGAGAAAGCUAAUGCUAUUCGCCAGGUUAUUGGGAGUGAUCGUGGGGAUGAUGAUGAUACCUGGAGUGAUGCUUGAUUUAAUCCUUUCGGUUGGGUCCAUGAUAAACAACUCUCCUAUGGCUUUGAGUAGAGUUGUGAGGGGUAGCAUUACUGUACAUGUGAAUAAUCCUAGUUUUUUUCUUUCUUUUUUUUUAACUAAUUAUAGGGGUUCCUUGUAUCAUAUUGUGAUCAAUUUUUUGAUUCCUUGGUAAAUGUAUGUUGUAAGCAAUUAGAUAAACACUUGAGGUUGAGUACAAUGUAAUCUGCAUAUUUGAGGCAGCAAUUUAUGCGUAAUGCCGGAAAAAUGUGAUGGUUUUGUUUA